AUGUAUCUGCUCGGUGUGCAUUUGGCGGAUCAUAAGCUUGUCAGGAUCGCUCUGACAAACUUUUAUGGCAUCUCGUAUGCUACGGCAAAUCGGCUGUGUGCACGUCUAUCCUUGCACGAUCGAGCUACCGUGUCGUCUUUGACCGAGUCGCAGAUCACCCAGCUCUCGGCAUACCUUUCUUCACCAGGAUCGAUCCCUGCUCGUAAAGCAUCGCCCACGCUCCUCCCCUCGUCGAGCGCUGUCUGCUCAAGCCAAGACGUUGUUCGUCCGUCCAUGGAGCAGAACGCGGCCAACGACGCGUUGAGACAGAUCAAGAUCGAAGCCGAUCUCAAGAGAGUGUUGCAUGCCAACAUCAACCAUCACAGGGACGUGGGAAGUUAUCGGGGUAGGAGGCACGCUGCUCAUCUGCCAGUGAGAGGGCAGAGGACAAGUACGAAUGCACGCACCGCAAAGAAGCUCAACAGGUUGGAGAGGAGGGGUUUUGGCACAGUAGCGAGGACCACAACGGAGCAACACGCAAACGUGUCUCUGCAAGAUCUGCUCAGGCCAUUGGCGCGCAUCAGGUUUGGUGGAGAGUGCUAG